AAUACCCAAAACCAUUUAAGGAUCCUCAGACAUUGAUAUCUUCAUAUGCACGUGAAUCCUCUGCAUUUGAAAGGCUUUCAGCGGGCGGACACACACGCUGCGCUGUGCGUCUUAGCAGGACUGCUCUUUUGGACCCGUGCCACGGUUGUCUGUCUCCGUCCGUUCACCCAACCACACCUACCCGUUAUAUCCUCACCGAAUUACAGCAGCGGCGUCCGCACACCGGAUCCCGACAGAUCCCUUCGCGAAAGGGACAUUGUGUCUGCGUGAGCCAGUGGAAGAACGCGGAUCCACUGCGCUAUAACGCCCGGUGCGCACCGGACCCGCUCAAAGACCCCCGCGUUGGACCGAUAUGUCAGCCCAGUGCGCGUGAUCGCUUUGGAGGAGAGGCAGGUGAAAUUAUCAGCUUUGUCCCGCAUCCUGCGCCAAGAAGGAACGCAUCACCUUGAGGAUUUAAACGCACCGACAUCCAACUUACCAGCUGUGGUGUGUCGCUGCCAUGGCGACCCUCACUCCCUGCUUCUUAUGGAUCUUUGCUGUCCUCCAAUUGGCUACCUGCUCGUUUCCAGAGGAACCUGGCCCUUUAAUCUCCGCCCCUGCUGAGGUGGUGAGGCGCUAUCCAGUGUUUGUGGGCCGAGCGCAUCGCUCUUACACCCGUCAGGAGCCGCUGUAUAUUCAGACCGUGCUGAAAGUCAACCGCACGCUCUACAUCGGAGCCAGAGAUGACCUUUAUCGAGUGGAACUGGACCAUGUAUCUGGAGAUGAAAUGUUCUACAGCAAGAAAAGGACAUGGGAAUCCAAUAAGAAUGACAUCCGCAUCUGUAGAAUGAAGGGCAAACACGAGGAGGAGUGUCGUAAUUAUAUUAAGGUGUUGUUGAGCCAUGAUGGAGGGCUGUUUGUGUGUGGGACAAACGCUUUCAACCCUCUGUGUGCCAAUUACACGAGAGACACUCUGGAAUUGGUCGGCGAGCCCAUCGGUGGAAUGGCCCGAUGUCCUUAUGAUCCCAAACAUGCUAAUGUGGCUCUGUUUGCAGAGGGCAGCUUGUUCACGGGGACAGUGACUGACUUCCUGGCCAUCGACGCUGUCAUUUACCGCAGUUUGGGAGAGAGUCCAGCCCUGCGCACGAUCAAGCAUGAUUCCAAAUGGUUCAGAGAGCCUUAUUUUGUGAGCGCCGUGGAAUGGGGGCCUCAUAUCUACUUCUUCUUCAGGGAGAUGGCCAUGGAGUUCAACUACCUGGAGAAGGUGAUGGUGUCCCGCGUGGCACGUGUGUGUAAAGGUGAUUUGGGCGGCUCUCAGCGGGUGCUGGAGCGCCAGUGGACGUCGUUUCUGAAAGCGCGUCUGAACUGCUCGAUCCCGGGAGACUCGCACUUCUACUUCAACCUGCUGCAGUCCACAAGCCCCAUCAUACGCAUGCAGGGCAGGGAUGUCAUCCUGGGGGUCUUCUCAACACCCUCCAACAGCAUCCCCGGCUCGGCGGUGUGUGCGUUUGACAUGCAGCAGCUGGCACGUGUGUUUGAGGGCAGAUUCAAAGAGCAGAAAUCACCAGAAUCCAUUUGGACACCUGUACCUGAUGAACAAGUACCUAAACCCAGGCCUGGAGGAUGUGCUGUCCAGGGUUCGAGGUUCAGCUCCUCCAACACCCUUCCCGAUGAAGUGCUGAAUUUCAUCAAAACUCAUCCUCUGAUGGAUGAAGCGGUUCCUUUGCUUGGACACAGACCAUGGAUAGUCAAGACUAUGGUCCGGUACCAGUUGAACACUAUGGUGGUGGACACUGAGGCAGGCCCACAUCGCAAUCGGACUGUGGUGUUCCUCGGAUCCACCAGGGGAACUGUUCUCAAGUUCCUCAUCACACCCAGCCCAGAGAACCCGUACUCCAACACCAAUACCUUUCUGGAAGAGCUGGAGGGCUACAACCCAGAAAGGUGCGGCGAUGACUCUGUGCAGGCGAGGCAGCCUCUCUCUCUGACCCUGGACAAACCCAGUCACACACUACUGCUGGCCUUCCACUCCUGCGUGGUGCGAGUGCCUGUCGCACGCUGCCAACUGCACUCCAGAUGCAUGAAAAACUGCAUUGCAUCCAGAGAUCCAUACUGCGGCUGGACCAGAGGAAGUACCUGCUCACUCCUGAGGCCCGGCACCAGAUUACCUUUCGUGCAGGACGUUGAAUAUGGAAACACCUCACAUCUCGGAGACUGCGACGGUCUGUUACAUGAGAGUUUUAUGGAUGAGCCUGAAAGUCUUGUUACUUUGAACCUGCUGGUCAUUGCUGCAGUUUCCGCUUUCUCCACCGGGGCAGCGCUCUCAGGCCUGGCAGUGUGCUGGAUCAUGGGUCAAAAACACCGCCACCGUUCGCACAGCAACACUCCUUCGUCCAGUAGUCAGCGGAAGAACGAGAAGGAACGGUGCAUGAUGGGACAAAGCAGGAGCGGCUCUGUGAUGAGUGUAUCCCGGCACAGCGGCACGGACCGGCCACGUUCACAAGGAGAGACGCUCUUCGUAAUGCCGAAUGGUUGGGUCAAAGCGGGCGACUUGGAUCCAGGUCUGCUUCCCACACCCGAGCAAACUCCCCUGCAGCAGAAACGUGGGUUACGCCUGUCCGAUUCCGGAUCCAGUUGGGACCAAAGCCAGACCUUCUUGAGCUCGGUGGGAACCCAGUGUCCACCUCCACCAUCCACCUUGUUUCUCAGCUCUAAACUCCUGCAAGGAUCCAGUCGACGGCAUGAGGAAGCCAUUGAAACCGGUAUCGACCGCCAACGCUACGUCUCUCUCUCCAAGUACCGGGAUCAGGGAAUACGCCAAGGCACUCUUCUUCGCAAGUCGGCAGGUGAUUACAACUACCCCAUGACUCCCCAAGACUCCCCUGACCGGCGGAGAGUGGUGUCAGCACCCAGCACCCAGAUAGAGUACAGCGGAGAACCUCUUCGCUGGACCCACGAAGGCUACAUCUUCAGCAGUCAUGGCAUACCUCCAACGGGCCACCACUACACCCCGGCCUCCCAGCAUCCUGCAGGACUGACGCGCUCCGUGCUCCAUGGGUCCCGGGGGCUCAUCGACCGGGCGGACUUCAGCCACCUGCUCGGGAAGGGAGGGAGCGACCGGACACCAACAGGCCAGUGAACAGAGAGGAACCAAGAUGCGAGGAGUGGGAAAUUGUAGAAACAUGAGUGGCUGAAACCUCAUGUGGACUGUGGAGCGCAACCUGGCCAAUCACAGCAGCUCUCUGUGUCUCUCUCUCUCUGUUUCUUUCCUCACCUUCUUGUCAUCCUUUACCUCAUUUGUCUGGAACUGCUUGCAUGAGGAAAAGCCAAAACUGGACCUGACUUA